CAGAGAACAUCUGUUAGUGAGAACUGAAGGCCUGAGAGAAAAAGAGAAAGAGAAGGAGGAGGAGGAGGAGGAGGUGGAGGAAGGGGACUUACAUUAAUACAGAAAGCAGCAAAAAAGAAAGGAGGUGAAAAAAGAACAAGAGAGCAUGCAGAGAGGUGGUAAAGGGGAGGAGAGAAAGUGACAAGACAUCAGCUGGAGGAGACCACCCUGUCUACAGAACAGCAGAGACGCUCAUGUGAGCAGCCUCAGUGGCGGCAGCAGUGACUGGUGAGAAAGAGGAGAGGAGAGGAGAGGAGAGGAAGAGAGCAGGGAUAACAGAGCCACCACCACCAUCAUUCUGAUCGGAUUCACACCAGACAUGUGAGAAGAUGUCCGUGGGCGGCUGCGCGUGUCCCGGCUGUUCCUCCAAGUCAUUCAAGCUGUACUCCCCUAAGGAGCCCCCCAACGGUAGCACUUUCCCCCCUUUCCAUCCCGGCACCAUGCUGGACAGAGACGUGGGUCCCACCCCAAUGUAUCCUCCCACAUACCUGGAGCCAGGAAUAGGGAGGCACACACCAUAUGGCAACCAGACAGACUACAGAAUAUUUGAACUCAACAAACGGCUACAGAACUGGACAGAGGAGUGUGAUAACCUGUGGUGGGAUGCAUUUACUACAGAGUUCUUUGAAGACGACGCCAUGUUGACCAUUACUUUCUGUCUGGAGGAUGGGCCCAAACGUUACACAAUUGGCCGGACGUUGAUUCCAAGAUACUUCCGGAGUAUAUUUGAGGGCGGUGCCACUGAGCUCUACUAUGUGCUGAAACAUCCGAAGGAGUCCUUCCACAACAACUUUGUCUCCCUCGACUGUGAUCAGUGCACCAUGGUCACCCAGAAUGGAAAGCCCAUGUUCACACAGGUGUGCGUAGAGGGGCGCUUGUACCUGGAGUUCAUGUUUGACGACAUGAUGAGGAUAAAGACGUGGCACUUCAGCAUCAGACAACACCGUGAACUCAUCCCCCGCAGUAUACUGGCCAUGCAUGCCCAGGACCCACAGAUGCUGGACCAGCUGUCCAAAAACAUUACAAGAUGUGGCCUGUCGAACUCUACUCUUAACUACCUCCGACUGUGUGUUAUUCUGGAGCCCAUGCAGGAGCUGAUGUCCAGACACAAGACAUACAGCCUCAGCCCCAGAGACUGCCUCAAGACCUGCCUCUUCCAGAAAUGGCAGAGGAUGGUGGCACCACCAGCUGAGCCAUCAAGACAGGCCCCAAACAAACGGCGGAAGCGUAAGAUGUCAGGUGGCAGCACCAUCAGUGGAGGAGGAGGAACUAAUAACAACAACAACAACAAAAAGAAGAGCCCUGGCAGCGGCUUCCCUCUGUCCAGCCAAGUUCCAGAUGUGAUGGUAGUGGGAGAACCCACGCUGAUGGGAGGGGAGUUCGGCGACGAGGACGAGCGUCUGAUCACGCGGCUGGAGAACACGCAGUUCGACGCGGCCAACGGCAUCGACGACGAGGACAGCUUCAACAACUCUCCGGCGCUGGGCUCCAACUCGCCCUGGAACAACAAGGCCCCCUCCAGCCAGGAGAGCAAGAGCGACAACCCCACCUCACAGGCAUCGCAGUAGAGCCCAGAGCCCCGCAACCUCAAACACAAAACCCCCUCUCUCUGUCACUCCUCAGCCCCCCCACCCAACCCCACCCUGACAGCCACGAGUGCAACAGCAGCACCCUCUCGCCCGCUCGCUGACCCCCGACAUCAUUUAGAGCUCAGAUUCAACAAACACAGGUAGCCCGAGGGAGCUCAGUAUGACCUCCUCUGACAGUUUCGCUGAGCCAGAGGAAGUUUUAAAAGUUUCUCCCACAUAUUUAGGCACUGUGGUCCCGCCUCUGUCCCCCCCCCCCCCCCCCCUCAUCUCAUACACAACAUGUCCCGUCUGCUCUUGCUAAUUUUCAUUUCGGACAGCGACUUGGUAGAUGCGACCAAGGAGGCGCGGGGAUUUAAUCCAGGGCAGAACUGUGCACUCUAAACAAACCAUACUGAACUCUAAAACACCCUAAACAAACCAUACACACCUGUAGGAAGGGGUGGGGUGGAGGGGAGGGGGGGUGGGCAGUGGGGCUCAGAGAUGGUGGCGAGUUGCUUAGGGACGACUUGUCCGCCCGUCCUCUAAACAUUGGCUCUCAAUUCUGGACUGCCCUGACGCAUAAGCCACUGGUAAUGUUUGUUAAUAGAGUAUAUGUGUGUGCGCGCGAGUGUGUGUAAUGUUUGAGGAGAGAAACGAGGCAGUCUGAACAUAUUUGUGGCUUUGCCAAAUCAGACAGACCAGAAUUUAGAAUCAGUCCAUAAAAACCAUUGAAAUUCACACUCUAGCAGGAGAGCUGAAAUGUGGCACUAGGGAAGUGACACACACACACACACAAGGACACACAUACACACACACAUACAAAAAUAACAUAACGAUUGAAGGAUUUUGAGUCCCCUAGUGCCCGAGCCAUCUCUGAUUAGACUACAAUGGAUGCAGUCUUUCAAACAGAGAGCAUUUACAACACACACAUACACACAGUUACACAUUUUAAGAGUUUUUAUACAGUAUAUAUUUCCCUAGAAUGUUUUUUAAUUUGUAUUAAACGCCUUCAUUUCAAUUGUUACUUUUUUAUUUUCUACCGAUACUGAAAAGCUACAGACCAAGGAGCAACACAGGACUUUUAUCCCCCCUCCCCCUCUAAAAUAUAUUGUUUUUAUCUUUUAUGUUUAUAAAAGAGAAAUAAUUUAGUGUGGAUGUUUUUAUUUUGUCUUUUUCGUUCCUUUUUGGAGAUUUGAAUUUUUGUGUAUUUGUGCUUGUAUAUUUAAGGUAGUAGCAAAGUUCUGUCUGACUGUAAUAAAAUGUAUUCUUACUUAGAUUUACCUAAAGCCAUCCCGAUCUAAUGUAAAGAAACAAAAAUAGGAAAAAGGAGAAAAAACACUCAUGAACCCGUCCCUCUUAUCUUCCCACCUGCUCUUUCCUCCUCUUCCUCCCUCUUUUUUAAAACUGUAAAUUAAAUUACAAAACCCCAGGGGUACAAUGGCACCAUGGAGAGAUGAUUUUACUGUGUCUCUGUUGAUUUUUUUUUUUUUUUUUUUGUAUUUAUUUUGGAAAUUUCAGAAAUUCACUCAUUUAUUUCAUGUAUACAGGAAGUGAUUUUUCACUUAACAAUCGUCACAAUUUUUGUGUACUGCAACUCAACUUUCAACCUGAUGUCAAGUGAAUGUGCUCGCUGAAUUUGUUAGUCAACCAGUGGAUUUCCAGUUAAAUCACUGGCUACAAACAGAGGGUUUUUUAUUAGUUUUGUGUCCAAAUUGUCUUUAUUUGUGUGGUCUCUUUUAUAAUCAACAGAGUGAUGCCAUCAGUCAUCCAAGCAUCUUCUAAAACCAGCUUAACAUUAAGUUCAGUCGGCAUAUUUGGUAGCAAUGCUGAGUCUUUAAAUUCUUAUAAAAACGGCUGAAGCUCUGUUAUUCUUUUGUACAUUUCCAUUUCGUUACAGUUGAAUCCAGCAGCAGUUAUGAUUGAGUUUGAAUGGUGACUUGUACCUUCUCCAAACCCUGUAGAAAAAUCAUUGUUUGAUAUAUAUUUUUUGAUUUGGUUAGUUUCUGCCCUUGAUAAUUAAUGUAUGGUACCAAUAAAAAGAUACAUUUUCACUUUAAAA